CAGAAACCCUACUUUCUUAACAAAAUAUUUUUCUCUGUUUUUCCCUUGCCGUUCUUUUUCUUCUCUGGUGAAGCAAGUUCGAACUGCCAAACAUGAGGCUUGCAUAUGUCAUGAAGGGUGGUUGGCGGGAGGCUGAUUCAGUGACGGCACGAAGGCAAGCAGAAGGCUGCUAGAUCUCGUGAAUGAACAGAUGGGUUAGGCUCGCCGAAGGUAACCGUUGUCGGACUUUUGCGAACCGAGGGAUGGGUGAGGCUUGCUUUGGACGACAGGUGAUAGACUUUGAUAAACAGAGGGCAAGGAACAGUUGCAAAUCUAUUUUAUUUUUCUACAUAUUAGGGCUCAGAUAUGGGGAUGGGUUCGUUGGGUUGCCAUGGAUGGCAAGGACGACUGAUGGCGGGUCUAACCUCUUCAUCAAAUUUUGGGCAGCCCAAUUGAUAAAGGCUGUAGUGCCACUAAGGGCAUUGGACCGAAAGCGUUAUUCACAAAGAGAUCACGUUAACUCUUGUAAUGCUUCAGAGGCCGAGAAUGGAUAUACAACUGGGAAGAGUGCUUUAGUAGAUGAAGAAAGGGAGGCUUUUCAAGAGGAAUUGCGUGAUAAAAAGUAAUCUGCGAUUGAUGAGAAUGGGAAGAGUAAUGACUUCCGCAAGGAUUUUUAUUUUGAAGGACAAGAUGCUCAGUUUGUGGUGGGUCGUGGUCGAAUGGGUUCUAGAGAAGGUCAUGUUAAAAGUGGGAGAAAGAGAGUGAUGAGGACACCAAGACUAAAGAUCCAAGUCUAGUUACAGUUGGUCUGGUGACGAGGGCGCGAGCCAAAAGACUCAGUUUAGGAGCUUGAUGAGUUUUAUUGUAUUUUGUCAUCUUGUAUUUUUUAUUUAGUCUUUGUUUAUUUUGUGAAAAGUCAAACACUUGACUUGUGUGAGUCCAAGAGUCAUUUUGUCUUUAAUUUCGGUUUUCAUUAGGAAGACAAAAGGCUUGUUUUUUAAAUUUCGGUUUUGCUUUAGGAAGACAAAGGGGCUUGUCUUGAUGUAAUUUUCGCCUAUAUUAGGCCUUGAAAACAUUGGGAAAAAUUAGAGUAUGUGGAAUGAAAAUUGUGAGUUUUUUUUU